AACUUUGGGUCUUUAUGGUAUGGGAGGAGUAGGCAAAACCACACUCUUAGCUCGUAUCAAUAACAAAUUUCUUGAAGUGAUGAAUGAAGUUGAUGUUGUGAUAUGAGUUGUGGUUUCUAAAGAUUUGCAAAUUGAGGGCAUUCAAAAACAGAUCUUGGGAAGACUACGUCUUGACAAGGAAUGGAAACAAGAAACAGAAAAGGAAAAAGCAUCUCGGAUAUACGAUAUCCUUAACAGAAGAAGAUUUGUGCUGUUAUUAGAUGAUCUAUGGGGGGAGGUAGAUUUGAACAAGAUAGGAGUUCCACCUUUAACUCAAGAAACCAGAUCUAGAAUAGUUCUCACAACUCGUUCUAAAGAAGUUUGCAAAGACAUGGAAGUCGAUGAUGAGUUGGAAGUUGUUUGUUUAUCACCCGAUGAAGCGUGGGAACUGUUUCAGAAGAAAGUUGGAGAAACUCCAUUAAAGAGCCAUCAAGAUAUUCCCACACUUGCAAGAAAAGUUGCUGAGAAAUGUUGUGGUUUGCCACUUGCACUCAAUGAUUGUGGAGCAAACAACCAAGGUCAUGAUAUAAUUGGUUCGUUACUUCGCACACAUUUUAUUGAUGGAAUGUGAACUCACAAGUGAAAAUGCAUGAUGUGAUACGCGAGAUGGCUCUUUGGAUAGUGUGUAACUUCAGAAACCAAAAAGAAUCAGAAAGUUGUGUGAAGCCUGGUGCGCAGUUAUGCGAUAUACCCAAGGACAUCAAUUGGGAAAGUGUGAGAAGAGUGUCUUUAAUGAGUAAUCAAACUGCAGAGAUAUCUUGCAGCUUCUACUGCCACAAUCUUUCGACUCUAUUACUUAGGAAAAACAAGUUGGUGGAUAUUUCAGGUGAAAUCUUUCGGUUUAUGCCAGCACUUGUGGUCUUAGAUCAAAAUUUAAAAACCCAAUUGGCCAUGUGAGACCGGUCUGAUCCGGUUUAACAAUAUUUGAUUUUGACGGUUGGACCUCUAUAACUCAUUGCUACCGUUGCUAUUUGCUCUCGCUAGUCGCGCUAUGUAUAUAUAUACCGUUGCUGAGUUUCGAUUUCAAAGCUCAUGAAACGCAUCAAUGUCGAUCUCCGUCUUCUCCAUUUACCAAAAUUCAGAAAAUUUCAAUCACGAAAACUAUCUUCGUCCCGACCCAAAUUGGAACUCGAACAGGAAUCACCACAUGAGACAGCCUUCCUGCUUGGUCAUGUACUUGACUCUUACCCAGAUAUUAGAACACUUAGAACGGUCCACUCCAGAAUAGUUCUUGAUGGUCUACGCUGCAAUUCGUCUUUGGGUGUUAAACUUAUGAGAGCUUAUGCUUCUCUAAAAGAUGUGGCAUCAGCACGCAAGGUGUUCGAGGAUAUUCCUGAGAGAAAUGUGAUUAUCAUUAACGUUAUGAUAAGAAGCUAUGUGAAUAACGGGUUUUAUCGUGAAGGUAUUCAAGUUUUUGGGACGAUGUGUGGAUGUAAUGUUAGACCUGAUCAUUAUACCUUCCCAUGUGUUCUAAAGGCGUGUUCUUGCUCUGGUAAUAUUGUCAUUGGUAAGAAGAUUCAUGGGUCUGCUACGAGAGUUGGGCUCUCUUCGACUUUGUUUGUUGGGAAUGGUUUAGUUUCUAUGUAUGGAAAGUGUGGAUUUUUAGCUGAAGCACGGCUUGUACUUGAUGAGAUGGCAAGAAGAGAUGUGGUCUCUUGGAACUCGUUAGUUGUUGGGUAUGCGCAAAAUCAGAGAUUUGAUGAUGCUUUGGAAGUUUGUAGGGAAAUGGAAUCUGUGAAGGUAAGCCACGAUGCUGGCACGAUGGCUAGUCUGUUACCAGCAGUUAGCAACACAACAACUGAAAACGUUAUGUAUGUUAAAGAUAUGUUUUUUAAAAUGGGGAAAAAGAGUUUGGUUUCGUGGAAUGUGAUGAUCGGUGUGUAUAUGAAAAACGCGAUGCCUGUUGAAGCCGUGGAGUUGUAUUCUCGAAUGGAGGCUGAUGGGUUCGAACCUGAUGCAGUUUCAAUCACAAGUGUAUUACCUGCCUGUGGAGAUACAUCUGCUCUAUCUCUUGGUAAGAAAAUCCAUGGAUACAUUGAGAGAAAGAAGCUGAUACCGAAUCUGUUGUUAGAGAACGCACUGAUCGAUAUGUAUGCGAAAUGCGGAUGUUUAGACAGAGCGAGAGAUGUGUUUGAGAACAUGAAGUCACGUGAUGUUGUGUCUUGGACUGCUAUGAUUUCAGCUUAUGGAUUCAGCGGAAGAGGCAGUGACGCAGUGGCAUUGUUCUCGAAAAUGCAAGAUUCGGGUCUUGUACCUGAUUCAAUUGCGUUUGUGACAACGCUUGCUGCUUGUAGCCAUGCAGGGUUACUAGAAGAAGGUAGGAAUUAUUUCAAACUCAUGACAGAUCAUUACAAGAUCACUCCUAGGUUAGAGCAUUUGGCAUGUAUGGUGGAUCUUCUUGGCCGAGCCGGAAAAGUGAAAGAAGCUUACAGAUUCAUACAAGAAAUGUCAAUGGAACCGAAUGAGAGAGUCUGGGGAGCGCUAUUAGGGGCGUGCAGGGUGCAUUCUGAUACAGAAAUCGGUCUACUAGCAGCUGAUAAACUGUUCCAGUUAGCACCCGAGCAAUCAGGUUACUAUGUAUUGCUUUCUAACAUAUAUGCAAAGGCUGGAAGAUGGGAAGAAGUGACAAACAUCAGACAUAUAAUGAAGAGCAAAGGAUUAAAGAAAAAUCCCGGAUCAAGCAAUGUUGAGGUCAAUGGAGAAAUUCAUACAUUCUUAGUAGGGGACAGGUCACACCCGCAGUCCGGUGAGAUUUACAGAGAGCUGGAUGUUCUUGUAAAGAAAAUGAAAGAGUUAGGUUAUGUUCCAGAUUCAGAAUCUGCACUUCACGAUGUAGAAGAAGAAGAUAAAGAGACGCAUUUAGCUGUUCACAGCGAGAAAUUAGCCAUUGUGUUUGCUCUGAUAAACACAGUGGAAGAAGACAGUAAUAACACAAUAAGAAUAACGAAGAAUCUUAGGAUUUGUGGAGAUUGUCAUGUUGCAGCGAAGCUUAUCUCACAGAUAACUUCUCGGGAGAUCAUCAUCAGAGACACUAACAGAUUCCAUGUGUUCCGGUUUGGUGUUUGCUCUUGUGGUGACUAUUGGUGACUUAAAACUAAAUCUCAAAUAAAACAUUACAAAUAAAACGCAGCGUUUUGAUGAUACUGGAAGUUACACUUUUUAAGACAA